CAUUUUUCCGACAUAUUUAGGCAUGGACCGCGCCGCUGCCGGCGGCUGUGGUGCUGCUGGUGGCGGCCUGGGUGUGGUCACCAGCUCGGCCACUGCCCUCGGUCCGGGCGGCAUUGCGGGCGGCGGUGGUGGCGGUGGCAUUGUCAGCGGUGCGCUCAACGGCUUGGAGGCCAUGUCUGCCGAAUCGACAGGCCUCUGCCUGCAGGAUUUGGUGAGCGCGGGCACCGCCAACGGUGCCGGCUCGGCGGGAUCGGCAGAAAGCGCCACCACCACAAGCACAGCGCUGAGCAGUGGUAGCUCCACUGUAAACGGUGGCGGCAGCAGCGCUUCUGGUGCCGAGCAUCUGCACAGCCAUCACAGUCUCCACGACUCCAGCUCCUCGGUCAGCAUCUCACCCGCCAUCUCGAGCCUGAUGCCCAUCAGCAGUCUCAGUCACUUGCAUCACACGGCCGCCGGUCAGGAUCUUGUUGGCAGCUAUCCGCAGCAUCCGCAUCAUGCCGUUGUGCCGCCGCACACACCGAAACACGAGCCGCUCGAGAAACUCAGAAUUUGGGCCGAAACCGGUGAUUUUCGUGAUAGUCAUAGCUCCAUGACCGCCGUAGCAAAUAGUUUGGAUAGCACACAUUUAAAUAACUUUCAAACUUCAUCAUCGUCAACCCUAACGAAUCGGAGUCGGGAUCGCAAAGACGGCAAUCGCAGCGUCAAUGAGACCACAAUUAAAACGGAGAACAUAUCAAACUCUGGACACGAUGAGCCGAUGACAACCAGCGCCGAUGAGCCAAAGAACGAUAAGAAGAACAAGCGCCAGCGACGACAGCGCACACAUUUCACCUCGCAGCAGCUGCAGGAGCUGGAACAUACGUUCAGCCGUAACCGCUAUCCGGAUAUGUCGACGCGCGAGGAGAUUGCCAUGUGGACCAAUCUAACCGAGGCCAGAGUUCGGGUGUGGUUCAAGAACCGACGGGCCAAGUGGCGCAAGCGCGAGCGGAAUGCAAUGAAUGCGGCUGUGGCAGCAGCAGACUUCAAGUCGGGCUUUGGCACACAGUUCAUGCAGCCGUUUGCCGAUGAUUCGCUAUAUACAUCAUAUCCGUAUAACAACUGGACCAAGGUGCCGUCGCCACUGGGCACAAAGCCAUUCCCCUGGCCGGUCAAUCCACUCGGCUCGAUGGUGACCAGCAAUCAUCACCAGAACUCGGUCAACUGCUUCAAUACGGGCGCCAGCGGCGUGGCUGUGAGCAUGAACAAUUCCAUGCUACCCGGCACAAUGGGCUCCACGCUGACCAACACGAAUGUGGGCGUGGGCGCUGCACCCUGUCCGUAUACAACACCCGCCAAUCCGUACAUGUAUCGCGCCGCCGCCGAGCCCUGCAUGAGCAGCAGCAUGUCCUCGAGCAUUGCCACAUUGCGGCUGAAGGCGAAGCAGCACGCCACCGGCUUCAGCAGCCCCUACUCGGCGCCAUCGCCAGUAUCGCGCUCCAACUCCGCCGGCCUGUCCGCCUGCCAGUAUGGCGUGACCGAUGUUGUCUGAGAAAACGCACUCGGUGCUCUGCUUAAUCAGCAUCAGCACCACUUGCAGCACUUCUCCGGCCAGCACAAUGGCAAUGCCAUGCAGCAGCAU